AGAAUAUUGCCGCCUGUGGAUUUUCACUGACAGGCAGAAACUUUCCACAUAACCUGCAGGGCUCCUUGGAAUAUUUUUCAGAAUUGGACAUCCUUGGAAUUUUCUAAUUUCUUCACCUGCAUCGCAUUUUGUGUAAUUGGCUGCUGUAUCGCGUAUAUUUUUAUUUUAUUUUUGUCUUUCCUCCCUUCCAAAUUAUUCUUUCCCCUCCUCUGCCCCUUUUCCCCUCCUUUUCCCUCCCCCUUUUACCCUCAUCCUGCCAAUCAUCAACAGCAUUAUUUGUUUAUAUCGUAGGCAUAUUUAUUCGUCUAAGUCUUCAAUUCAUAUGGAUCAGCAUCCCUUCAUUUAUAGGGUGGAGUAUGAUGGACAUCUGUUAUCUCUUCACCCCUCACCUUUCACAAGCUGACUUGGACUGUUUUGCACAAAAUUCUCUUGGUUCUGCUAUUAAAUUUGAGUUGCUCUUGAAAUAGUUGGGCUUGGAAUCUACACUGUAAAGAAACCCGGGAAAGUUCAUCUAAACCCUCUCUGAGGCAAUACAAAGAAGUUACAGAUUUGUCGGUGAAGCUUCUGUUAAGAUCUGCAGCCCUGUACUGCUUAAGAAAAGAGCAGUAAGCUUUGGUGCUGAUGACCGGACUUCACUGGUCAGGAGUACUACAGAUAUUGAUGCAAAUAUCUUUGCUGUGCUACCCAAAGUUUCAGAACUAAGGAAGCAAUUUGAAAUCACAACCGUAAGUGAUCCAAUAAUGAACAGGAAAAAGAGGAUAGCACAAAGACUGGAGGGGAUUGAGACCGAUGUUCCAGCAGCUCUUUCUACAAAUGUGCACCACACAGCCGGUCUCGUGACCAAUCGGCUGCUGGAGGAGGACACUCCACGCUACACACGAGCCUCAGAUCCUAGUGAUCCAGGCAUUGUGGUGCGGCGCUACAGUCAUGAUGAGAGAGAAGCUCCAGAGCUGCAAUCCAGAACUCUGACUCGCCCGUAUCCGCAGCUGGCCAUCCAUCCUGACCCAGUCGUCCCUACCCCAGCAGGGUCUGAUGCUGCUAACCUGAGCUCCAAGGCCGAGCGGAUCGCGCGUUACAAAGCCGAACGCCGACGCCAGUUAUCAGAACGCUACGGAAUCCUCCUCGACCAAGAAGUGGAUGUGGAUUACGCCCCACGCUACACUCGUGCACGAAGAGAGUCUGACCUGUCGGACAAAGGGGCUCCUCCUGACAGGGAACGUGGAGAGAGCAGGACAAGGGGCGGGACUUUGCAAGAGCAAGAUGAGGGGCGGGGCCGAAGCAGCAGCAGGUCUAAAGGAAUCGGGCGGGUUUCCAUUCCUGCUGACCCCGCCCCCGAUCCUGCCUCUCCUCCAUCAGGCUUUGAUGCCAAACAAGAGAGAGAGAGGGCUUUGAACUUCGAAAAUUAUAGGCAAGCACCUGACCGAAGUACCAAGCCACGCCCACAGGAAGCUCCGGUUCCCAUGGUGACAACACCUACCCAACCAAUGAGGGGUGUAGCUGUUGUCACAGUGCCAAGUUCUCCAAGGACAGCUCGCCGAGCAUCGUUACCAUCGACUCGUUAUGGCAUCUCUCCUGGUGACCUGUUCAUCGAGCAGCAAGCACAAACCAUCCUCAACAGACAGGGAAUACGAGUAAGAGAAAGACAGGCAAGGGAGGACAGCUCGGGAAGGGGUUCAGACUCUGGGUCAGAUACACCCUUAAUCAGACGGCACCCAAAAGUUACCCCACCAUAUUUGGCUCCACGACCUCAAUCUGCAAACCAGCCUCAAACACGGAGCACAGAACACCUGAUACAACAGAGCCAAGGUGCAGAGACCCGUCAACAAAGAGCGCACAGUGUGGAACGACCACUAUUCCAGCGCACUCACAGUAUAGAUUCGCCUGCUUGCCAGUAUGUACUCCAAAGUGAAACAGCAAACCAUCAACGUGCCCAAAGUGCAGAGCCCCCAAGCUUCGAACAAAGCCCUGGUGUACACCCUAGCACCAUGGGUCAUCAGCCAAGGUUUGGGCGAAUCCAGCAGUCCUUACCAAGGCAAUGUAAUCAAGAUGCUCAACAACCAUCACAAACACAUAGACCUUCUCAGCAACCACACCCAGCAUACAAAGACCUCCAGUGGCCACUGCCUGAUUGCAGAGAUGCCCCACCAGCUGGGCAAAAAUAUCAUGCCAUCCUUCAACAAAUGCCCUUGGAACGGGACACUCGCCAACAAGCUCAAGUGCACACAUAUUCUCAGAAGCCUCUACAUGAGCGCACCUUGCAUGCACAUCCAUCACGUGGACAAACACAACACUAUGGUCCGGUGUGUGGUCACAGCGAACCUUUGGAAUUUGGUCCAGUCCAGACACUACCUCCAGCCCAUGGACAUAUUGCCCACUCAGGUCCUUCUCACGGGUCUAGCUAUCUACCUCCUCCUGGACCUCAGCUUGGCAUGCCUGAGAUGCUGGAUCCAAAAGGAAACUUGGGAUCAACAUGUGUUGCCAGAGAAGAUGCAGAGACUAGAUGGAGGGAAAGCUCUGAUCACAUUCAGCCCAUACAGAGAGAGGGUCAAUCGGUAUCUACGGCAGAUCCUGCAUCAGAAAGGUUACUUAGAAGCAGAAAGGCUGUUCUACCCUCAGAAAUCCGCCGUAGGGAGAAGAGUUUGGACGAUCCCAUGCGUGGACAUAAAGAUGAAGGUUUGAAAAGUCGGGGAAUUGGAAGGAUUCGCCAGUUGGAUGAGGUGGAGGGGAGAGGUAGACGCAAGUUGUUCCAGAUGGAAGAAAGACAUGGUAAUGAUGGAAGAGGACCCACUCAAAUGGAGGAGGGAAAAAAGGCAAGUGAAAAGGUUGGUCUACAAAAAGACAGACAAGGGCAUGAUGAUUGGAGAACCAGUCAAUCUGAGGAAAGAGUGGCAGAAGACCUCACAAAAAGCAUUUGGACAUGUGAAGGUGUAGGACGUGGUGUAAGAAAGAUUGGUCAAACAGAAGAAAAAAAGCAGAUAGGUGGUAAUAAAAAGGAGGAAUGGCAAGGUAAUUGGAGCACUAACCAGUUAGAGGGGGUAAAAAGAGAAGGUGACAGAAUGAUUGAGGAAUUCAGAGAAGGAGAAUGGCAAGUUGAUAGCAGAACUACACAGUCAGUUAAACCUCAAGUGCAAGGUGAUAAGAAAAUCAGCCAGGAGGUAGGGGAGAAAGAAGACCAAAUAUUUCUGCAAAGAGAAGUGGUAGAAGGACGUGGAAGACGACGUCAGAUAAAUCCGUCAGAGGAUGGAGAAAAGCAUGUCAGACCAAGAAGGAUAAGCCAGUCAGAAGAUGAUUUUGAGGGACGUAGGGUACCUAAAAUUGGCCAGUGUGAGGGAUGGGAAGUGCAAGGAGUGCAUCAACUUGGCCAAUCAGCUGACCAGUUUGAGGGAUGUGAGAAAGGACACCACCAAUUGAAUCCAAACCUACCUGAAGAAAUGGACACCAUUCCCCCAAAGGUGGAACUAACCAAUGAACAGCAUUCUUCACACCAUAGGAUUGGUGAAGUAGGAGGGUAUUUGCAGAGAGGCUCCUCCCUCCCACAAGCUCAACAUAGAGUGAGCAUUGAUGCAGGUGAUCUCAAACCAAAGGUUCGAAUUCGCUCGAUGUCAGAUAUUGGAGUGAAUCGGCGUUCUGCUGCAUUGCGAAAUCUGGAGCGUGCUGCCAGUCGAGAGGCUGCCAUGGUGAUGGGGGUGGGGCUUCAUAUCAAGGACGCAGUUGGUGUAGCCAAUGGUGAAUUGGGCACCUUGGACACAAGAGUUUCUGUGGCAAAGCUGAGACAUUCCUACCUGGAGAAUGCUUCAGGACACAAGCCAGAGCUGGAGUCUAAAGAAGACCUGGAUACCAUUGAGACUGAUCCAGUGGGAAGCAGUGACUGUGAGAGAGGGACACGUCGACACAGGCGUUACAUUUCCCCUGGUGAUGACAGGAAGUCCUCCGAGAGGUUUAGAACCCAGCCGAUCACAUCUGCUGAAAGAUUGGAGUCUGAUAGAUCCCACCGUAGUCCAGAGCUUGCAGAACAUGUAGAAUUGGAUGAAGAAAAAAUGGAUGAACGAGCCAAGUUAAGCGUGGCAGCCAAGAGGUCUCUUUUCAGGGAGAUGGAAAGGACUUCAGAGGGAGGUGUACCCAAACCUCGGUCACGUAAUGCUGCAGUUGAGCGAAGACUUAGACGAGCACAAGAUCGAUCCCGAACACAGCCAGUCACACCAGAGGAAGUGGUUAUUGCUACUACUUCCCCUGCUCCCCCUUCCCAAGUCAUCACUGUUAAAACAACUGCCCCCAGAAUCCCCAGCCCUGCCAUAGUCAGCACGUCCAUGACUAGUUUCAGUUUGCAGGCAUCCUCAGUACAUGACUCAGCCCACCAUGAGCAGGAGAAAGAGGCUCCUCCAAAGGAGACGGUUCCAGGAGAAGGGGCGGGGCCUGAGGAACCUGACCUAUCAACGCUAAGCCUGGCUGAGAAGAUGGCACUGUUUAAUUGCUUGUCGCAGCCCACUGGCCAAUCAGCAAAUGGACCACAUUCUGACACUCGCCAACGUAGGGCCAACGCUCGUUUUCAGACCCAACCUAUCACCCAGGGCGAGGUUGAGCAGGAACUUACAAAAGAUGUAGAUGCGUCCAGUCACACAGAUCAACCCCUUGUGACUAAUGAUUCUGUUGGUCCCUCUCAGAAUGAGCACCUGCAGAAUGGAAGUGUAAAGUUGGAGCCUCUCCCUGCAUCACUGGUCCGUUCCAUUGCCGUGGUCACCGCCCAGGCCUCUGUUGCCGCGGUGACAAGCGCUUCAUCAAUGACCGCAGAUGUUCGCAUGGGGAUGUCCACAGCACCCUCUUACACUCCGCCAUCCAUUCAGAGCUCACCCAAUCAGACGGGCAUCGCUCAGAUUCCCGCUUAUGAGAGAGGGGUUCGAUACUUCAGUCUUACAGAGAGUGGGGAAAACCCCACCCCUAAUAUUCAGUCCCCGCUCCCCACAGAACAGAUCAGCCAAUCACCUUACAGGAAGGGUGGGGCUGCACAGGUUUCAGCCAGUGGGCAGAGACAAGAGGAGUAUGGGCGGAGGGGAAGACUCGGUUGUAUUGGGAGAGAGGAGAGAGAGACAGAGCUCCCUCACGCUCCUAAUGCGACCUCCCCACAACACACACAUGCGCUCAGACACACACCCCCUCAUGGCAGGGGAGAAGCAGAGCUGAGUAGCCCACUAGAGAGGGAGAGAGAUAGACAACGAGAGAACGAAAAAGAGAGUACGCCCGUCUCACAAGUGGGCUGUUUGUCACCAGACGCACAUCAGACAACAAGAGGAAGCAAUACGAGACCCAACGUCUCAGAUGUCCCUGAUCCCAGUGUUCUUGCGAGGGCGGUGAUCACUCCUGCGGUGUCCUCACAAAGUUCUACACACUCUUCACACACACUCCCUUACCUCCAGCAAACGCAGUCGCACACACCUCCACAACCUCAAUCGAAACCAAAUCAACACCAUCAAAUCUACAACCAGACUUCCACGACAACACACACACGACCUCAGACAGUACCGUACAGUCAGGCCACACCACCACAGACCCAGGCAAAACCACAAACACACAUCGUAUCCAACCCUCAGCCUCAACCCUACAUAGACUCUCAGGCUCCUCCACUUCCAGCUCAGGUGUACACUGAACCCCAGCAGCAGGCACAACCCCAAGUACCUCCACAGACGCAGCCGAAACCACAGUCCUUCUUUCCGCCCCAGUCACAUGCUUGCAUUCCCCCGCAACCCAAGAUACCCCCACAAACCCAGCCAAAACCUCAGUGCUUCAUACCACCCCAAACCCAAGAGGAGAUCUUGGGAAAAUACAGCCCGUCUGGACCCGUUAUCUCCAAAGACCAAAAACCAGAUAUCCACGAAGACCCCGAGACCAUGUCGUCCAUGUCCAUCAAAGAGAGGUUGGCUAUGUUGAAGAAGAGUGGAGAGGAAGAUUGGAAAAACAGGAUAAACAAGAAACAGGAAGUUAUACAGGAUGUGGUGUCAGCAAGCGAGAAGAGUAGUCAAAUAUUGGAGGAGCAAGGCUUUAAGAAAAAGGAAGAGCAGACCAUUAUCAGUGAGUUCGCAUCAUCUGAGCAGCUAUGGGAGCCUGUCUUUUCCUCUACCUACUCUCCUCCACCUCUCCCAUCUACCCCAAAAUGCCAAUAUGUAGAACAUCAAAGCCAGAAACUUGGAGAAGAGGAGGAGGGGCAGAUGUCCAUUGAAGAGAGGAAGCAGAUGAUCUCGACUCGAGAGCAGGCGUGGCAAAGCACAGGAAAGGGUGUGGCCAAUGACUCUACCCAGUAUACAGUGGCUGCCAGGAUGGUGAAAAAAGGUCUGGCUGCUUCCUCUGCAGUCAUCAGCCCAAUUCUUUCACCAGUCUCUGCCAAACUCAAGAGCAGUGUGCCAGCUAUCUCCAAACCACAUGAAGAAAUUGAGGCCAGAGCAGAAAUGGAGUCUGAUAAGAAGCUGGAAAAGCUAGAGACGUUUUUGGGCCGUCUGAACAGUAAAGUAUCAAGUUUGCAGGAGACGACUUUGACGGUGACUGAGAAGGCCGUAAAGGAAGUGAUGCGACUGGAUGAUGAGAUCUUCUCAAAGUUUUACCGUCACAUGACUGAUAGUCCACGCAGCAUGAGCAGCAGAAUGCAUCUGGAUGAAGACUUUGAUGCCAUCUUUGGAAAACAAACGCCUAAGCUGACAUCAGCAAUGGUGCAGCACAAGCGUGCCGUUCGUCCCUCUCGUAACGUUCAGGCCUCAAAGAACCCCUUAAAGAUUCUCGCAGCAAGAGAAGACAUCCGACACGAGUACACGGAACAGAGACUGAACAUCGGUCUGCUAGAGAGCAAAAGAAUCAAACAGGAGAAGAUGAGUAAGAGCUCGAAUUUGUCUGACGCAGCUCUGGCUGGUUUAGCCAGUAAAGAGAACUACAGCAGCGUGAGUCUGCGCAGUGUCAGUAUCUCAGAGCAGAUGACCAAUAACAGCGCAGCUCCCUACAAGAAACUCAUGCUCAUGCAGGUCAAAGGCCGACGGCACGUCCAGACCAGAUUAGUGGAGCCCAGAGUGUCCUCUCUAAACAGUGGAGACUGCUUUCUACUGGUGACGCCUGAACAUUGUUUCGUUUGGAUUGGGGAAUAUUCAAAUGUCAUAGAAAGAGCCAAGGCAUCAGAGCUGGCCACUUUCAUCCAGUUAAACCAUGACCUUGGUUGUCGAGCAGCACAAGUGGAGACCAUUGAAGAACACGUGAACUCUCAGAGCGCAGCAGCUGCAGAGUUCUGGAAGAUUUUGGGAGGACAAGCCAGCUAUCAAUCGGCUGGGUCUCCGGAAGAAGAUGAGAUUUUUGAAAGUGCAAUCGUGGAGACGAACUGCAUCUUCCGUCUGGUGGAUGAUAAACUGCUUCCUGACGAUGAUUUCUGGGGAAAAGUGCCUCGAAGUUCCUUAAUGGGCUCCAAAGAGGUGAUAGUGUUUGAUUUCGGUAGUGAAGUGUAUGUCUGGCAUGGUAAAGAGGUCACGCUGGCACAGAGGAAGGUAGCGUUUCAGCUCGCCAAACACCUUUGGAAUGGAACCUUUGAUUAUACCAACUGUGACAUUAAUCCUCUGGACCCUGGAGGUCACAACACACUCAUACCAAGGAAAGGUCAGGGACGUCCAGACUGGGCUAUAUUUGGCAGACUUACUGAACAUAAUGAAACGAGUCUUUUUAAAGAGAAGUUUCUGGACUGGAAAGAUGCAUCUGUGUUGUCACCUAAAAAUGCCGUUGAGCAGCCCUUCCAGCAAAAGGAGUCUCUGAGCACAGACUCUCGCUCUGAGUGUCGGGCAUACAAUGCCUCGCUGAUGCUGCCGGUCGUGCCGUCGCCCAUCAGUACAGUUCUGGAUGGUCAGGAUGUGGGUCGAGGGCACGGUCCAGUGGAGAACGGCUCUGAGGACUGCCUGCGCUCACUGGAGAUCAGCACGGUGGGUGUUGAUGUCUGGCACAUAUUGGAGUUCGACUACAGCCGUCUGCCCAAGCAGAGCAUCGGCCAGUUCCACGAGGGAGAUGCUUAUGUGGUGAAAUGGAAGUACAUGGUGAGCGCCGCAGUGGGAAGCAGGCAGAAGCCGGAUCAGGUGCGUAGUGCAGGUCCCGGCAGGGAGAAGUGCUGCUAUUUCUUCUGGCAGGGCAGAAACUCCACUGUCAGUGAGAAAGGAACAUCAGCGCUGAUGACGGUCGAGUUGGAUGAGGAGAGAGGAGCUCAGAUGCAGGUGCAGCAGGGAAAGGAGCCGCCUUGUUUCCUGCAGUGUUUCAAUGGGGGGAUGAUAGUGCAUUCUGGGAAGAGAGAGGAAGAGGAGAACAUUCAGAAUGAAUGGCGUCUAUACUGUGUGCGUGGUGAGGUGUCAGUAGAGGGCCACCUGCUGGAAGUGGCAUGUCACUGCAGCAGUCUGCGAUCACGCACAUCAAUGGUCUUGCUGAACAUCAACAAAGCUCUGAUUUACCUGUGGCAUGGCUGCAAGGCACAAACACACACGCGGCACGUAGCUAGAACCGCUGUGGACAAGAUCAAAGAGCAGCGACCACUGGAGGCGGGACUUCACAGCAGCUGUAAUGUGACCAUUCAUGAAUGUGAGGAAGGUUGUGAACCAGUGGAAUUCUGGGAAGCAUUAGGCAGGAAGGACCGCAAAGCAUAUGACUGUAUGCUUCAAGACCCUGGCAAGUUCAACUUCACCCCACGCCUGUUUCAACUGAGUAGUUCUUCAGGUGAAUUUGUAGCGCAGGAGUUUUACAACCCCUCCAGAGCUCUAAACCUGGUUUGUUCCCUGCCAUUUCUACAAGAAGACCUGUACGCUGCCGCUCAACCAGCUCUGUUCCUGGUGGAUAACUAUCAUGAAGUUUACCUGUGGCAAGGCUGGUGGCCACAGGAUACAGAGAGUACCGGUUCUGCCCGCAUCCGCUGGGACUCCGACAGAAAGUGUGCCAUGGAAACCGUGCUGCAGUACUGCAGAGCAGAAAAGAACGAGAAGAAGCCUCAGAAGUCAUAUCUGAUCCAUGCUGGACUGGAGCCUCUGACCUUUACAAACAUGUUCCCCAGCUGGGAGCACAGAGAGGAUAUCGCUGAAAUCACAGAGAGGGAGGCAGAGGUGUGUAAUCAGAUAAUUCUAGUGGAGGAUGUUUUGGCUCGACUCAGUCAGAGCAUUUAUCCUCUCGCAACACUGCAAACUCGCCCCCUUCCCCAUGGGGUCGACCCCCUGCGACUCGAGGUGUACCUGUCAGAGGAAGACUUUGAGAGUGUGUUAGACAUCAAGAGAGAAGAGUUUGACGCUUUGCCUGGAUGGAAGCAAGUGAACCUGAAAAAAGCCAAAGGACUCUUUUAGAAACCUGACAAAAAGCUGUCAUGAUGACAAUUAUCCAUUUCCACCAUGGCCACCAGUUCUGCGGUCACCUCAGCAGUCUGACCUCUUUUGGUUAAGGGAGGUAGUUGUGCACUUGAGAACAGGGUAAACGGUCAGGUCAAAGGUCACUUUAGGAUCUACAGAUGCACCUGCUGUGGUGUCCACUUUUGAUGUAUUUAUUAAGUCCGUGGAGGUGAUGUGUGUCUAUGUGGGUUUGUCUCCUCAUCACGUUUAUGCGCAUGUCAGGAUUUAUAACGUGCAAUCUGUGAGGAUUACGUGCUUGUUACAUCUGAAACAGCACCUGUAAUUACUGAUUAUCUUGUUCACCUCCCCAUUCAGGAUGCCCUUCGUUGAGUGCCUCUGUCUGGGGGUGCAUUGCUCUAAUCUGCGCUAAGGUUUUGUUGUAAUGUGUGUCUAUGUUUGAGAAGUCUGCUGCAUUAUUUAAAAUGUAUAAAUUCGUAGGAAACAAACAAUUACAAAUCAUGUGUGAUGUCAUAUGUCUUAGAAUAUUCUUGUUAUGAUUCAAGAGGAGUUUACAUGCUACGUCUGUGUUUUUUCUGUGUUCUUUCUGCGUAUGGCUGAUGGUUGUGGAGGUGAUGAGGUGUGGAGGUGAUGUACAGUAUAGUGCCUUGCUUUUGUGUACAGUUUCUAUACCAAACACACACUAGUCUGCAUUUCAAAGACUUUCUUUGUGAUAAAAGAAAUAGUAAAUAAAGAAAGCAUAUCAAAAUAAUUUCUGUCCAAGUAUGUCUUAUUAAACAUUAUUAAAAGUAUCUGAGC